AUGCUUCGCACUUUGUCCCUCGCACGGUUCCCCGCCGCAUCGAGAGCUCAACCCCUCCGCAGGUUCUCCAUCAAAGCGACAACCAUGGCACCACUACGAGCUGGCUUUGUGCCCGAGCACUUUUGCACCCCACUAGAGUUUGCAAAGAGGCACUAUGGCCUCGAUGUGGAUCUCAUUCCCUUUCCUUCUGGCACCGGUCACAUGGUCACUGCCAUCCAGGCUGGCGAAAUUGAUCUUGCAGUAGGCCUGACGGAAGGCUGGAUCUCAGCGCUAGGCAAAGCACAAACUGCCAAGCAAGACGCAGGCUUCAAAAUAGUCGGCACAUAUGUCGAAACGCCACUAUGCUGGGCCAUCUCAACUGGGGCGAAGAGGGAUGAGCUGAAGGGUAUUCAAGACUUGAAAGACAAGAAGGUGGGCGUUUCGAGGAUUGGCAGUGGGAGCUAUGUGAUGAGCUUCGUGCUGGCAGACCAGCAGGGCUGGCUGAAUACAUCCUCCGAUAGCCCUCCGUUUCCUGUGGAGAUACUCAACACGUUCAAAAAUUUGCGCGAUGCCGUCAAUAGCGGCACAGCAGACUUCUUUAUGUGGGAGCACUUCACCUCGAAGCGCUAUUACGAUAACGGGGAGAUCAAACGCAUUGGCGAGAUCUACACUCCCUGGUCGUCGUGGAAGAUUGUUGCCGCAAACCAUCUGCUCGCACCAAAGAGCAGCGGCAAGCCCUCACUCAAGCCAGAGCUGGAGGAUGCGCUGGAAAAGUUGAACAAAGGCGUCAAGCACUUUGAGGAAAAUACGGAAGAGGCUGUUAAAUUUAUCAUCACGAAGCUCGACUACUCAGAAGAAGACGCUAGGGAAUGGCUGAAGACUGUAAAGUUCUCACAGCAGGUAAAGGGCGUCGAUAAGGGAGUCGUCGAAAAGACUGUUGGCAUCUUGCAGAAAGCUGGUGUGUUGGGCAAAGACAUCGAUCAAGCAGACAUGAUUGCACUCGAGCGUAUCGGAAACUGA